AUGGCUCCCAGACGUGCUCCUUCUUCCAAGGCUGGUGCUGAGCCUAAGCGACAACGAAGAAUGAUGACGAUCGCUGAGAAGGUGAAACUUCUAGAUAUGUUGAAGGAAGGGAGAACGUAUGCGGCUGUGGCCCGCCAAUAUGGCGUGAACGAAUCCACCGUUCGCUACAUCAAGAAGGAAGAGGCGAACAUUAGGAAGACGGCUACCAUCACCUUUCAAAAGUCGGCGAAGAGAGUGGUUACGGCUCGUAAUAAAACGAUCGUCCGUAUGGAAUCUGCUUUGGCCGUAUGGAUAGCCGACUGCCAAAAGAAGAACAUAACACUGGAUUCGAACAUUAUCCAAACAAAGGCUAAGAGCCUGUACGAGACCUUUGCCGCUAAGGAACCAGAAGACGACAGUGGCGACCGCGAAGAAGAUGAAGAAGAGGUAGAAGAUCCGCAACCAGGGACCUCCAGUGAUUCACCACGCGAGGCUGCUUCGGCUGACACGAUUGCUGCUGAAACUUACGUGAAUGAAACGUUCAAGAAGAUUACCUCCGAAGGUGGAUAUCGGCCCGAACAAGUUUUUAAUAUGGAUAAGACGGGCUUGUUUUGGAAAAGAAUGCCAUCGCGAACUUUCCUGUUCAAAGAGGAAGCAAAAGCCUCUGGCUUUAAAGCAUACAAUGAUCGUGUGACCCUCGUGAUGUGUAGCAAUGCUGCGGGAUUUUUGUUAAAGCCAGGGUUUAUUUACAAGUCGAAAAACCCAAGCAUUUUAAAAAACAAACACAAGAAUCUGCUUCCCGUACAUUGGAUGUACAAUGCAAAAGCCUGGAUGACGAAGAUGCUGACCUCCGACUGGUUCCACCAGUGUUUUAUCCCGCAAGUGAAGGCGUAUCUAGCAGAGAAGUGCAUGCCAUUCAAAGUCCUUCUCAUUAUGGCUAACGCUGGUGGUCACGCUACUGAUCUGUUGUAUUCGGGGGUACAGAUUGAGUUCCUGCCGCCCAAUACGACGUCACUAAUUCAGCCUAUGGAUCAGGGGGUUAUCAGGGCAUUCAAGACCCUAUACACGAGGAAUGCCUUAGCGAACCUGGUUUCUUCCGUGGAUGCCGCCCAAGAAGACGACGAUUUCAACUUGAAGGCAUACUGGCGGCAGUACACAAUUGCUAUGUGCCUCCAAAAUAUCCAGAAGGCAUUACAAGAGAUGAAGCCUGUCACCGUUAGUGCCAGCUGGAAGAAAUUGUGGCCCGAGGUUGUUUACGACGACAAAGGAUUUACACUUGCCGAAAUCCAACACUCGGCAGUACAGAAAGCUGUGCAGUUGGCUGCGAUCAUUAGAGGUGAGGGCUUUGCAGACAUGACUGCGGAUGAUGUCAACGAGCUACUAGACUGCUACUCCCAGCCGCUAACCGAAGAAGACCUCGAAGAGUUGAUGAAGUCGGCGAGUGAAGAAGAAGAAGAGCAGCAAGAAACAAGAAGUUGUCUCCCCAACUGGCUUCACUUUGGAACGACCUCGCCGAGAUCUGCAGACUGGCUAAGGAUCUGCAAGAGCGGUCACAGGAAUGGGACGACGAUAUGGUUCGAUCGGUCCAAUUUUGCAACAAGAUCGACGACAUCAUGA